AAAUAAAUAAAUAAAAAAAGAGACCAAAUCCAUCUCUCCUCCCUCUAUACCCUCCGUUUCGUGUCGCUUUUUGGCGGUUUUGAUCCUUUUGGUUUCGAACAUUCGCCCGAAUUUCUCUGACAUCGCACUCUCUCUCUCUCUGUUUCUCUCCCCUUCAGAUUUUUCGAGCUUGAGGUUUUGUAGAUCGAAGAGUUCAACGGAGCUGCGGGUUCUUCACUGAUGACUAAGACAAAGGUGGAUGAAUCUGUGGUUCCUGCAAUAAAAAAUGAAGCCGUUGAAGUUGAGAAUGUACAUGCAGAACCUAAACGUGAUCCUGAUUCAUUGCACGGUAUUUUAAGCUCGGCAAAAUGCUUGCAAAUGGGGGAAUAUCCGUUUGGAUAUGAUUUUGACCCAAAAUCGUAUCAUGGUGCCCUGGAUUCUGGUGAAACUAGAGCAGGAGAACAUGAUUUAAAGCUUGAAGUUCUUGAUGGAUUGCUGGAUGAAGUUGAUGAAGUUGAUGAUAUUCAUGCAGCAUAUGAUCUCUCUACUGCAUGUGCAGAUUUUCUCUGGGAUAUUGAAUUUGUGGACAAAGUUUCUGAUUUCAGUCGUCCUCCCCAUGAAGGUUUACGAUUUCGGAAUCCACAUUCAGAAAGUAAUUCUCCGGGCUGUAGUGGAAGUAGUAAUGGCACAAAUGGAGCAUCAGAUACAUCAACCGCAACUAUUCUAGAAUCUGGGUGCAAGAGUGAUUUGCUUGAUAAUGUGGCCAUUUGUGAGUUACAUGUUGUCUCUGGAAGUGAAUGUGGGUGCCAUCGACCAUUUGAGGAGCAAAUCUGCCUUACUUCACCUGAUAUGGGAAAUCUUGAUGACUUAGAUAAUGACAAACCCUGUAUUAUGGUAAAUGGGAUGUCAUCUGAUGAGGUAGGAAAAAGCUCUGUUAUGGUGACAAAAGUUGGUGCAUCUAUUAGACAGAAAAGAUUGCGUAAACCAACUCGGAGGUUCGUUGACGAAUUCUCAAAACCGAAAUUGACAGACAUAAUGGAAAUACAGAACAUUCCUACUGGUACUUCGAAGGACAAAUACCUCAAGGUUGAAUCCUGCAAAGGACAUCAGGUUCAAGAGGCAGUGGCAUAUGAUCAAGGGGAGGGACCAUUAAGUGGAACCAGUACUCUUGCAUUGCAUGAAACUCGGCCACGCAGAGGACGUCCAAAGAAACUUACACCUGUAUUGGAGCACCAAUCUGAGGAUGAAGUUUCUGACUUUGAUGAAGAACCUGUGAAUUUGGGUAGAAGAUCUAAAACUGUUGCUGACCGGAGGAAGCACCAGAGGAUGUGGACCCUUUCUGAGGUAAUGAAGUUGGUGGAUGGCAUUUCUCAGUAUGGAGUUGGAAGGUGGACUGAUAUAAAGAGGCUCCUUUUUGCAUCGUCAGCUUAUCGCACGCCCGUGGAUCUGAGGGACAAAUGGAGAAAUCUUCUGAAGGCCUGCAGUGCAGAGAAACAAAAGCAGAAAAAUGGCCAAAAAGAGAUUGGGGACAAGCUGAAGCAUGCAGUUCGUCCCUUACCAAAGUCUGUGUUUCGACGGAUCCGUGACCUGGCAAAUGUUCAUCCAUAUCCAAGGGACCGCAAUAUGAAGCUUUCACGCAGUAGCCAUGUUUCCCCACCAGCGGUUCCUGCAGCUGAAGUUGAUUUGGCUAGUCCUGGUGCAAGAAAUGUCCGUCGGAAGAAGUCUAGUUGAACAAUAUUUUGCGGGUCAGCAGUUAACCAUAAUCAGGAACCUUACUUAAUUUAGCUGUAAAAGCCCGUCCUUUCUGUCGUAGCCCAGUACCCCUAGCUAUCAUAUGCAAGUACGCAUGAUCUUAAACCUGUAGAAAUCUUCUCAUAACAAUGAAUGUGAUAAAUGUAGAUCCAAAAUUCAGUUGUCAAUUGUCCGAAUUAUGGCAAACUGGUGUAUUCUAAAGCAAUGCUCUCGUUCUUAAGUUUUUUCUAUUCCGGUCUUCCCGAA